UGUCAACCAACAGUAAGCUUUCAUCUCUUCACCAAAAAACAACCUUAUAAAAUGUACCUUCUUGCCGUGUUUUUGCUUUUAGUUGGCACAAACGUUUGCCUGAUUAAUGGAAAUCUAGGCGGAAGCCAAGAAGGAAACGAUUAUACAUAUGGGACACAAGCCACAACUGAUACCCUAAUUGCCAGUGAGACUGUUUCAUCGAACAAAGUUAUGCUGCAAUCCACGACGAAAACCUAUACGUUGACACAGGCAGGAACUGCAAAAACAAUAACCUACAUCAAAAUUACGGAUCUAAAGAGAAAGCGAGGUGCUACUGCCCAAAUUACAUCGGGAGGAGUGGGAGCCACGACGGUCACGAUCAAAUUUACUUCAGCCCGGGGAUCUGGUAUUAAGUCCCAAGUGGUAAUAUAUGGAUCUUAAAAUAUUUAAAACCCAAUUGUUUUUUAAUACAAAAUGAAAUAAUGUUCAUCAGG